AUGGAGCCUUGUGAACUUUCUGGGCCUUCAAGCAGGACUGCAGCUGCAGCUUCACCGUUGAGGCGUCCAAGAGCGAGAACGCAGGCUGGUAUGGAUGAAAUCGAAGAGUUGGCGAUGGCACGAGAAAAGUUCGAAGAGGAGAAAGAGCGAAUCAAUGCCCAGCGGCUGGAAGUGGAGGAGAAAGCUCGACAGAAUGCUCAAGAAGAAGAAGCACUCUUGGACGAGCUUCGCAUGCUGGAGAACCAGAUUGCAGAGAUCUCGUCCAGGCUUCAGGGGACUACAGCUGAACUUACCACGGAAGGCAAACAGCAAAAUGCAGAGGUAGCAUCAAAGAGGAUGGCAGCAUUGACCAUGCUGAGCUGCGAGCGCGAUUGGCUGCAGGAGGAGGUGCACAUACUGAAAGGCCAAUCGACGAGCCUAGAAGAAAAGGUUGUACAGCUUUCCAAAGAGCUGGAAGAGGCGAAGGCAUCUGCAGCACGAGGAGCAGAGGAAACUGCUCAGUUGCGCUGCGAGUUGCAUGAGCGACGUGAGGAACGUGCAUCCUUCACUGCUCAACAGGCCGCGAAUGCCAAAGCUGAUGCUGGUCUGAAAUUGCAGGUGUUUGCAUUGGAUGACCAUGUGUCGCGCUUGACACAAGCGGUAGAGAUGGAGCAGAAUAUGCAGCAGGAGGACUGGAAGGGAAGCUUGAGCUUCCUCAGAGUCUGA